AUGAUGUUCACAUCAACCACACUCACAGUCCUCGGACUCGCAACUCUGGGCGCCGCCCACAUGAAGAUGACUUCUCCAGUCCCCUUCGGAAAAUCUAGCCUCGACAAUGGACCUCUCUUAGGAGACGGUAGUGAUUUCCCAUGCAAGCAGCGCACUGGCGUCUACGCGUUAGAGGGAGCAAGCAAUACCAUGGCUCUUGGAUCAAAACAAACCGUAUCCUUCAUGGGAAGCGCGGUGCAUGGUGGAGGCUCCUGUCAAUUCUCCGUUACGUACGACGCGGCCCCAACCAAGAACAGCGUAUGGAAAGUCAUCCACUCCGUCGAGGGCGGUUGCCCGAGAAAAGGCGUAGCGGGCAAUGACAAUGGAGGCGCCACUGAGGUAGAUCCCGAUACCUACUCCUUCACUGUCCCUACCACCCUCCCGACUGGCACUGCCACUUUCGCCUGGACCUGGUUCAACAAAGUCGGCAACCGCGAAAUGUACAUGAACUGUGCUCCAGUCUCCCUCACUGCCGCCGCCGGCAAGCGCAGCGCCGAAGACGAAGAGCUCAUGGCACGCAACAUCACCCAGCUCAUGGAACGCGACCAAACUGCAUUCAAUGCACUCCCAGAUAUGUUUGUUGCCAACAUCGGCCCUGGCUGUACUGGUACCUCAAAAUGCGCCCAAUGCGGCACCUUGGAGACUUUUGAUGUCGUCUUCCCAAAGCCUGGUGACUCUGUUGAUCUGUUUGGCGGAUCGACCAGUACAGCAACGGCAACACCAGUCGGAACAGCCUGCGGUGCCAAUUAUCUGGGGGGAGCCGUGGCCGCCACGGGAGCAUCAGCAGCAACAGGAGGGGCAUCCCCUGCUGCCCCUGCGACCCCGGCUUCACCCGCGCCAGUUGCCACCAACACGGCCCCCCCAGGAGGCGUUUUCGCCACGAUCGCCACCUCAUCAGCCGCAACUCUGGCAACCUCUGCGUCAAGCCCUGCUGCAUCCCCAGUUGCUCCAGCUGCCUCAACCCCAGCUGCAUCAGCUCCCGCUCCAGCAAGCACCGGAACAACUGGCUCAGGAUCAGCGAUAGCGGCUGGCACUGCCUGCACAACCGAAGGAAUGUGGAAUUGCAUCAGCGGAACUUCCUUCCAGCAAUGCGCAAGCGGAGCAUGGUCUGCAGUUCAGUCGGUCGCGGCUGGCACCACAUGCACAGCUGGCCAGUCCAUGGCCAUGAACAUCGUUGCUUCUGGAACCAAGCAGAAGCGUGCUGUCCGAUUCUCGGGCGAGCACAUCCGUCGCAACCUCCAGAGCUCGUAG